UUUGCUGUAGUACGCUCGUCUGUUUGUGUGCCCGACGAUGUUUACUGCUUAUUCGCCGUGUUGAAUUUUCAAGGUAGAAAAGCAGCGGUGAUGUGACAUUUUAACAACUGCUUCGCCGGGAGUCCGAGAGCCGUCCCGGCCUGUACAUCGGGGCGGAACCCGCGAGCACGGAGUGCGGCUACUUCGAGAUGGAGCUGCUGGACCUGGGCUCCGGGCUUGGAGACCUGCUCAUGGGCUUCCUCUCCCCGGCCGACACGGAGGGCUCUUCCGACCGGCCCGACUGGGAGUCGGCCCUCUCGCUCGGCUGUCGCAUCAGCCGGGGACGCCUUUGGCAGGGAAAGAGCGGCGUCCCGGGUGUGGUGUGCAGUACGGGCGACAGGGUGGGCUGCGGUGUGCACCUGGGACAGGGGGACGGCCACUGCAACUGGCGCACCCUGGUCACCCUCUUCGUCACCCACAACGGCGCCGAGGUGGCCCGGUCGACGUCCCUCCUCUCGGGGGGCCUCCAGCCGGCCGUGCUGCUGCAGGGGGCCCAGCGUGUACGUCUGCUGGGCCAGGGCCCCUCCUCCUGCGGCCUGGGAUCCGGCCUGGAGGAUGCCCUCAUGUGCGUCGACUCCCACGAGGAGGACUGGCUCAGGCUGCACGACGUCCGGCUCAACGGACCCGUGCUGGAGUACUCUGGCCGGGGGGCCAGCAUGGUGGACGUGGGACUGGCCCAGACCCGGUGCCCCCUCAAUACCACCAGCCACUACUACGAGCUGGAGAUCCUGGACCCCGGGGAGAAGUGCUGCAUCGCCAUCGGACUUGCCCACAAGGACUACCCAAGGCACAGGCAUCCGGGUUGGAACGAGGGCUCCAUCGCCUACCACGCGGAUGACGGCAAGAUCUUCGUGGGGAGCGGCGAGGGAUCCUGUUUCGGUCCCAGGUGCAAAAAAGGGGACGUGAUGGGCUGCGGCAUUCUGUUUCCCCGGGAGUAUGUGGCCGAGGAGGAGGAGUGUGGGGCAGAGGAGCGUCUCCUGGACAACAGCCCCUGGUCCCUGGGGGGACCUGACGAGGACAGCGACAACGACGAGGGCUGCCACUGCUGGAGGGAGGCCGACGACCCCUUCGGGCAGGAGCCCCCUGAUGCCAUCCUGGUUCAGGUGUUCUUCACGCACAACGGUGUCAACGUGGGUCGGCGGGAAGUGGCACUUCCCCGCGGCGGUCUCUACCCGACGGUGGGGAUGCUCAGCCGGAAGGAGAAGGUGAAGGUGGACCUGCACCCACUCACGGGCUGAGCGCCGCCCGCCUCCGCCAACUCUCCUGCGCCAUCAUCUCCGCUCCGAACUCUUGGGGGUGGGACCGAUCGCUCCAGCGAGAGCCUCCCGGUUUUGUCGGACGUUUCGAAAAUACCCUUCCUAUAAACAAAAACUAAACUCCCAAAAUUUUUUUUUUUUAAGUGCUCGGAUAGGGGUUGUUACGUAAGUCACGUUUGGAGCGCGGGUUCUCGUACAAACUGCCAAAUUUCUUCGACCGUCUCUGCCGCUAGGUAAAGUGGAUUUCCAGUUUGAGCGCUGCUUUAGCAGAUAUAAGCCACUCACUGGUGCGUAACAACGUGCCAAGCAUUUCCUCGUGUGCGCAUUAUUGUUUACGAGGCCCGGAAACUUCUGUACCUGUUUACCGCGUUGAUGUCGAGACUGCGAGGGGUUAAGCUGACAUCCGGGGGCCGCCUUUUUGUUCCUGGUGCAAAGGGGGCGCAGUUGGCGAACGUCGCGAUUAAAAAGUGUGAUGUCUCGUGCUCGAAGGUGUGGAUUUGACGAGUUCGGGCAUCGUCGUUCCGCCCCUUCGCGGACGUUUGUAAUGCUUCUGGAAGACAGAAAAAUAUUUCCCACCAUUUCAAGUAACUGGCAACUAUGAUUUUAAGCACUGAGUUGGCUCGAGUGCUUUCCUUUGAACCUUAGCUUGUUUUGUGGCACGAGAUAUGUGCACGUCACAGAAAACUUCCCGAAAAAAAAAAAAAAAAAUUUUAGUGCUAUAUGUAUCUUGUAGUUAGGAGGGAUUAUGAUACAUGCUUUUUUAAUGUUGCGCUCAAAAAUUUUUCUUUCUCUUUUUUUCGAGGAAAGUUUGCUCUGUGACGUACGCAUCCUAUCCAGGUACUUUCUUUAGUGGGGACACUACCCAGAAAAAAUAUAUUUCUGCCAAAAAGGUUGAUUUGAAAAAUGCCAUAUUUACAUCCACCAACAUCUAAAGAGUAUUCCCAAAAAAUUUUAUUAGUUUACACUGCAUAGUUAGUUUUUUAUAAAUUAUUUUUGGUCCACCAAUGCUAAAGAAAAGGUAGAGGUUGGAGCACUUUGAACGUAUAUUUCUCAGUUCAGCUUUUUGGCAGCGAAUCCCACCUUAUAAAACCAUCAUUUCAGUAUGAAACUAUCGAGAGACUUAAUAUUUGCGGCUUAUGUGCUGAAAUUUGAUGGAGCCGGUUACUAUGAAAUUAGAUUUUGCAUUUUCAAUCCGUGAGGUUUUCCCGGAACUGCAUUUCACUAGAGCAAAGGUUUUGCAGUAUGCACGAGAUGAAAUGUACAUUCUAUGAGAAACAGUCGUUUAUAACUUUGUCAAAAGUUUUCGAGCCAAUGAAGAAAGAAUUAUGCGUAAAGAAAAGUAAGAAAUAUAGGGAACUCGCGAGUGUUCGAUUAGCCGAUGGGCGGUGCCACCACGUUCUGUUGUCAUGGGAAAUUUCGAGAGGUUUUUAACAUACUCGGUCGUAAGCAGUCGCAAAUGUGCAAAUCAGCCUUUACUAAAAACUUUAUUCCUUGAAUUGCAGCUUUUUUUUUAAAAAAUGCAUAUUCGGAACUCCAGAGUUUUGGCAUGUAUGGAUAACAAGGAACACUCUCACAGAGUCUUGUCAUUGUGCACUGAGAAAUAAUGUCAAAAAUAAUUAUUCUUUAUAUGUUGGUGAGGAGUGCUGCACUGCGUAGCACUCAUGAUCCAAAAGUGAAAAUAGCUGAAAGCAAGGUCAGUAUAUCAGAAGAAGCUUGAGGAAGACAUCACCUAGACUGCUGGAAAGGAUUUCCGACAUUUAAGAUGCAAAAAUUAAUUUUUAAAGCGUGUUCUUGAAACUUCAAGUGCAUUUAUCUCAGCUUCACUUUUUGGCAGCAAAUCCCACCUUAUAAAACUAUCGUUUCAGUAGGAAACUACGGAGAGACUUGAUAUUUGCGGAUUGUAUGCCAAAAUAUUUUCGAGCCGGUUACUGUGAACUUAGAUUUUGCAUUUUCAUGUUCCUUUAUUAUGAAAAAUUGUAAUUUGCAAAACUUGGCAAAUGUAAAAAAAAAAAAUUCAUAAUUUUUUUUUAUCUGAAAAAUGCAUAUUUUUUUAUUUCUUUUUAUAGUAACCGGCAACAAGCGUUUCAGUAUGCAUUCCACCAGAAAAAUAUGUGGUGAUCAACACCAUUUCUCAACGACAAAUUCAUUCAGCAGAUUCCAUGCAAAGCUACGCUUUACUUCGUUCUGGGGGUGUAGAACCUCAUAAAAUUGGUUCACAGGGCUGAAACUUUGCAUGCCCUCCUUCUAUAUGGCUACAAACAGCACCUGCAAAUUUCACGCCGAUUGAGUGAGCGGUUCAAAAGUAGACAUGCCCAGGUAGUGUCCCCCCUUAGUAAAGUGUUCAUCGUAACCGACAACAUCGGGCCUUGGUGUCGACUGCUUCGCAAGGCCAACUGCAUUGCGGAGGGUGUUUUUUUCGUCGCAUAAAGCUGAGUUUCUCCAGCUCAAUCGUGUCGAGGAAUGCCCGUCUCUCUCGAUUGAGAGCCGAGGUACGCCUCCCGGUCUCGACGUUGACACAGUACAGUACCACAGAAGUUUAUGGCCUAAACAUCAAUGUGUCGGAUUGGAAGCGUCCGACACAUAGUUACGUGUCGAUUGGUGGCUCUGAUCCACUGCAAAAGCGCUUAAGCCAGGAGAACACUUCACUAAAGGAUACGGACGGCUGAGAAAAUUUGGGAGCCCGGGGAAACUGUCGAGGGUAGCUCCUGGGUUCCUAGCGACCCCGUUUGAGAACCCGUGUCGUAGAGUGUCGGUACGAUUCUGUCGUAAUAUUGUAUUUUUUGGACUAUAGUCCGCGGACUGUGCGCACUGAGAAGUUUACGUUUUAACGCAAAAGCGUUAAGGAGCUCGUGAAGCAGAAAAGUCGGUAGCGUGACGAGAAAAUCACGGACGCGAAAAUCCUGAUUGGUCGAUAGGGUCACGACAUCUCAGCCACACGACCUCAAGUGGGAAUUUCUAACUACGCUCACGUGAAACGUGACGUCACGCGUGGAAUGAAAGUGAUAGAAAGACGAGACAUGUAAUGCGAAUUAAAGGUCGCUGCAUGUCUCAAACGAUUUCACUUUAUGAAGUAAUUCAUUUGCCUUAAACGAAAAAUUGAAUAAUUUUAGGCAGAAUUUUAUCCCACGAACCUUCGGUUGGGAGGCAAACACAAUACUGACUUGGCCACUGUGUUCGCCGCACUUCCUGCUUACUGGCAGGAAGAGCAUGAGAAGCGAAUGAAAAGGCAACGCAAACGGGGCCCGAUAACGCUAUCGUGUUCCACUCUUAAAGGCGAAGCUUAAGUUUCCUUUAAGUUUUUAUGUGGUGCAGACUCUCUACGAGCAAACUAUAGUUACUUGUUUUUUCGAGGUUCUUCGUGACAAGGUGCGACAGAUUUUGUGGAUGACUGAGUAUGUUAUUGAGGAUUUAUGCGCAAUAAGAGCUUUUUUGUGAGCUAAUAUAGUGGGCAUUUGUCGAGGUUUGCGGCGUAAAAACAUUUUUAUGUGCAGACAAGGCAUAGAAAGAAUGUUUUUCCUAUAUAAGGAAAAACAUUUUUUUUUUUUAGACUGAAAUCCAUUUUUGCAGACUACACAGGGACUAUAGUCCAGAAAAUACUGUGCUAGACAAAACCUGUCAACGAUUUGUUUUUUUGGUGCGUUUUUUGUGCCGAACUUCACGAGUGCAACUUUCUCCACUUAGAAAGAUGAGGAAAAAAUACCUUUUAUUACCGAUUGCAGGGAGCGUGUUCAACUGGGAUGGAUUUUAUAUUCUAGCUUUUUACAAAAUGAUUAUCGGUGGCUAUCGAAAUAUAACCGAGAAUAAUUUGAGCUUUAUUGGGGAAGGUGCUUUUAGCAUUUAUUUGACGGCACGCGACUACGAGACGUUUCUGGCAUCCUGUGAUUGAGACGCGAGGCUUCCUUUUCUCUUUGGAACAAUGUACAAAUAUGCUUAUAAAUGACGACGGUGUGCGAUUUGUGUGAAUAGUAGAAAUAAUGUGAGACUGUAAACUGCCUACUGUAAAUAUUUAUUGGCGUUAAGGUGGCGCGGACAUAUUUGCGAACUUUUGGUACCGUUCAGAGGAGCGUAGUCAUAGUCACGACACCCCCGGUAGUUUUUCUCUCUCUUCGGUUGCUGUAAGAAAGCUUCAAAUGUGGCGUGGCUAAGCCUGGCCUCUUUCAUUGCUGGCGUGCGGCAGUUUUCAAUUCCAGUCUGUUGCUCCAUCUUGGUGCCGCCUCGACGACUUGUGAAUGAUGCAUUUCAUUUGAGCACACUACUAUUGUAACUGGUUAUGAUGUCGUGGAAUGGCAGAAUGCGUGUUUUCUACGAGAACAUUCUGUAUAAUGGUGACACCCGUAUGGGCGAGGAACACUAGAGUUUCAUAUGUUAGUUAUUCGCGUACGUUUUCAGUAACGAUCGUCGAGAUCAAUGAUGUGUCUAUGCCCGUUUUCACCUCAAGAACCGUGGUAAAAAAAGUCCGGCUUCUCGCGGAGCUUUACUGAUUUCCCCCUUUAUGUAGAGAAUUAAGAUAUAUGUAGGUGAAAUGUAGAUUAGAUAUACGUUAUCUUAUUAAGACGUACACGUUCCAAACGUCAAAAGAACCACUUUUUCUUCGACAACCAAAUCUCAUAAGAACUACUUGGCGCCGCGCAUCAACAAUGCGCAAAACUAGCUUUUUUUCUUGAGGUGAAAACACAUAUAGCUAGGUACUUCAGAUGGACAUCCUUUUUUCUUUUGAAAAGCACUUCUGUGUUGUUGUUUUUAUUUUUUGGAAGGGCAGAAAGUUAAAACUAUAAAUGUGUUUUACUGGUUUCUUACUUUGCUUAAUGUUAAAGUAAAUGAAGCAGUUUUGUCGAGACCCCAUUCGCGGCUCGACCUUAACUGACUGGAAAAUCUGCACGUUGCUAACAGCUAGGUACUAACUUCAGCUUGUAUGUAAUAUAUAUAGAUAAUAGGAUUGCUAGUCAAGGUAUACUGUAAUCACGUUUCUGCAUCUGCUUCGCCUUGAAAUGUUGAGUCAUUGUGGUCUAACAGAGAUGACUGAACACUUCAUUUUGUUUAACCAGGUGUUGUGGUACUAUGAAGGAAAAAACCAAAACAUAGUAGUGACAUAAAGAAAGCUCCGCACAGUUGCUUCUCUGUCUGUGCUUAGAAGCAGCGACAGAUAUUUUCUUCACAGUGGAAAUGGAUGUGUGGCCAUUAUAGGCAUUAAUGCGUGGCUGGUUCGAGAUGCUAUACAUGGCUUCUUUUCUCGAAGAAUUAUUGCAGCAAUUUUCACGGGCCAGCUUGGGGCAGCUAUAUCAGAUAUGCAGGCUUUAUUUUUAAAAUAAAAAUGAAUACUAUGCCCAUAUUGCUUUGUCUUCAUAAUUACAGAUUUCUUUUUUAUCUUGGCUAGGGCCUCAAAGUCACCAAGUAAUUGUCUUGGGUAUAUUUAGCCAGCGGGAAGUUAGUCAGCCCUAAAUCUCUGUGCCUCUGCCCUUGAUGUGAAGUUUUGUCAGUGCAGAACUAAAUUUGUAGCAUGUGGUCUUUGACAUGCGUCAUGCAGUAGUGAUACGCGACUGCAUGCCGGUGCGGCGCUCAUCCAGAUUGUAACGGAGAGGGGCAGGCAUUGAACCCAGGAUCCCUGAGUUCAGUCACUGAGAGAUUAUAAAGAGGUGACAAGAAAUCUGAAACUCUGCCAAACUUGUUAUCGCAGCAACAGCUAAGCAAAGAUGACUGUCCUACCCAAUCAGCAGUGUUUGCUUAUCUCCCCCCAAAGGUAACUUGCCCCAUUUCUGCAGAGACCACCACUUACCCUAACACUGUGAUUACUAAAAGUGAGCUAUCUUUCAGUGUUCUGAAAAAAGUAGCAAAUCAAGCCAAAAAUAGAGGGCGAGUUUCUUUUCGGGGAUGGGACGUCUUUCCAAGAUAUAUCACUGUAAUAGGUAUUGAUGCAACUUUUUUUUUUUUUUAAUACUUGGCAUGAUUGCAGAAUGCUUAUAAAAGGAAUUAAGGCGGCUUCUAAAAAUAACUGGCUUUUCUACUUGAAUUUUAUUAUCUUCUUAACACAGAAACUUGAAAAAGUGCUUUCCUACUGCAUUGCAUUGUUCCAUAGUGUUUUUCUUGUUUAUUUUUUAAGAUUUGGAAUCAUUGUUAAAUGAGAAACCCAGCAAGCCAGUUACAUUUUUUGUGUCUAACUCGGUUUACUAUUAACCUUUUUCACAACUACGAGAUGAAAACUCUUGCCGAAGAAACAAACUAUAAAUUCUCUUUCGGAUGCAUUUCUUUUUUUGGCAAACUGCAUACUGGCAAAACCUGCAUGCCCGAAAUGGCUGCCGUUAGAUCAUACCCCAAGGGUGGAGAAAUGAGGGAUAUGGGUAAUUGAUAAGAGCGUGUAAACAUGACACAGGUUCUAAAUCAGAAAGCAAGUCUCAAAACGGUAGUCGACAUUUCAUCGAAGGUCUUAGUUUCAAGACAUCUUCUCGAAAUUAGGGUGGGGCUGGUGUUUCGGGCAGGUUUUAGUUACAGCGUGGCCCGUUGACUUUUAAGCAUUUGUCUUUUUGAUGUUGGGGAGACCUUUUAAUGCUGUGGUUGCGCAAUGACUAGUGCUUUUUUUGUGCCGCCGGAACCGCAAGUGCCUUGUUAGCUUUGGUCAAAGUGCCCCUCGGUGGUUUGCCGUGCAAUCUCUAGAUUGUUUUUAACUAGAGUAAGGUUUUUCUCUCAGGUGGCUGCAGCCGUGCUUGUCGACCGAUGGCACCGUCAGAUUUGUGCUUAACAAAUCGAUCCAAUUCGUUCUACCGCUGCCAACUUUAGUCCUUGCUAUUUGUGACUGCUUGUAGCUAGGGUUCCGUUUUCGUGGGGUUUAUGUUUCUCCGAAUCGGGGAUGUUUCUUCUCUGACUUUCUCCCGCAGAUUCGGUGUUUUUCAGUAUCGAUUUUCGGUGUCGGGCAAAAAAUUGCUUUUGUCGGGGCCCACGUCGAAGAAAAUAGGGUUCCAUAACCUGCACUGAACAUGCGCGAGACCCCGAAUACUUGGUAAACGACCCAGUACUGCUAAGAAAAAUACAUAAGAGGUGUGGUUCCAAAAUAGCUUUGUGAGCUGUGUUCUAAGGCAAUGCAAAACAAAGCUAUAAAUAAGAGAUAGUUUUUGCGUGAAGCUCUGGUUUUUCUUAUUCGAGGGAAGCUUCAAUUCGAGGGUUUUUGGUUUUCCCCGGUUUGGAGGAGACUGGCUCAGGGAUUAGGGGGGAGGGGAUUCAUUUUUGGGGUUUAUCGGUAUUUAUCGAAAAUACAGAACCCAUACCAAGCAGUCGCCUUUGCUUGUUCGCCUGCCAGCUCCCCGGCUCUCGGUGAAAUACCAUCGUGAAGUGGGCGAUACGAAAAGUGUGAAUACCAAUUACGUCGUGCCAGAUGUUGGUGUACAUUUUUUUUUGUAGGUAUUGAAGAAAAAAAUAUUAUACGGUAUUAUUCUGGCACAAUUGCUUCCGUAAUUUUUACAUCUCUAUAUUUAUUGCUAGCCUCUCUACGCAUUUGAUCUGUCUGAGGACACAUUAUGCCGAGGCAUUUGUGCAGACUUGCCCGAAUCGCUUCGGGGUAAUCCAAGAAUACCUCAUUAAACAGCCUACGGUAAAUCUUCCUCUCAGGGUAGUGGCCGACGGCUCAAGAGAUGCGAGACGUUGCUUAUCGGGUUCGGACUUCUCGCUUUAGGAUUUGUUCUACGGCCACUGCCCCAAUCUGACUGGCACGGAGCAAAUAGGAUGCCCUGAACUUGCCGCAGCCUGCUUUUCUUGAGCCGUCUGUGACCAGAGUAGUGCUGCUAGGGCUUUGCAAGUAUUUCAGCUGCUCAGUGGAAACACUAGUAUGCACUCCCACCCCAUUUGAGUAGUCCUUGCUGCAAACAUACUUUCUGUUUGGAGCUGCCGGACGGUACCGCGGCAUUUGUCCCCAGUCUUAUUCAACGGAUUACGAACACUUACGCGAGAUUCCCCAUAUUUUAUUUAGAGAAGGAACACUAAUGGUGCGAUUACGAGGUGUGACAUUUAGGAUUCCUCAUAAGUUUUGCUGUAGCCUUUUUUUUCAGUGCACUUAAUUUUAGUUUUUCUUUGGCGGAGGACGUGCGUCAACUGCAGUAAACUGCGAUGCAUCAAAGUUGCAGAGUGUUUUCGCAUAACGAAGUGGAAGACACAAAAAGUACCAAACUAGCACCAAUCCGAUGGAACGUGCGCAGUAUCCAGCAGCUUCUCACGUAAGGAACCCUAUGCGCAGAUGGUGUCGGAACACGAACGAGCAAUAGCCUUUUUUUUUUUCGCAUGCUGCAGGCCAGGCGUUUGUUCCCUGCCCUUCUUGUUUUGUUACUAUAGCAGAGUAAAAAGUGCAAGAAACUGCCACUUUUGCACAGCACCACGUAGUGUGCAGCCACACUUUUUGCUAGACCAUAGGAGUGAAUUAUAAUGUGGGGGAACGCUAAAGCGUAAUAGCACCGGGCCAUAUUUAUGUGAAUUAAAAGUACAUUGUGCAUAGAUGUAUUUGCUUCAGUUACAUAUAUGAUUCAGACUAGGUAUGCCUCCAGGGUUAGUUACCAAGUAAUGCGCGUGUUCCAGACGAUUGUCACUAUACAGUCAAACCCGUUUUAACGAACAGCAGGAAACGCUAUGAUCAGUUCGAUAUAGCAAGUAGUUCGAUAUAGCAAAAACCAUUUACGACGAACUUCCACGAUGUGUUCGUUGUAAGGCAAGAGCUUCUCUUUCUUUCUUAUCUCUUCACUUCUGCCUUGUAACAACGCACUGAAAAGUUUUUUUUGUUUUUCUUUUGCAUGCAUGCAGAGGUUUUUUUUUUAGCUUAUCGCCUCUUUUGAAUUGAUACUCUUCGUAGGCAAACGCUUUGGAGUGAAAAGAUUUUUUUUUUUCUAUGUGUGCAUGCAGAGUGUAUUUUUUUAGCUUUCUCCCGUUCUGAGUUGCUUCUCUUCGGUCAAUUUUGUUAGCAACUUGAGCUUUUGGAAUUUUCUUUCUUUCCUACUUCUAUUUUGGGGGAAGGGACAGGCUAGAAGACGAUUGCUUGCACAGUUUUUGGAAGCCUUUCGGGGGGGGAAUAAAGUUUGAUAUAGCCAAUAUGUUGUUCGUUAUAAAAAACACUUUUUAUGUGCAUUUUUAUUUAAAUUUUCCGCGAGUUCGAUAUCGACAAUAAUUCGUUGUACGGGGGUUCGUUCUGAACGGGUUUCACUGUACUACCUAGUUUGAUGUGGUACCUUCGACAUGUCUGCUUCUAUGUCAGCCUGCUUUUACUCUCAUCCUUUUACCAUAUAUGUUUGGGGACGAGUGCUCACGUUCAUUGUCGCUCGAUUCGAAAGUUGCAUUUCGAUGCUUGCACCGCUGCUUCGGUGGUUUGUUUAGUUUGCUUGUCGUUCAUUGGCCCGUUCCGAAAAUGUGCUGCUACCUAUGCAAACAACUGAGCAGGUGUAAAUAACUUGUUCCAGCUAGAGUGUGCCAACGUAGGAGGUUGUAAAAAAAAUACAUGUUUUAUCAACACUGCAGUUCUUCAUUCAUAAGCAAUUUUAAAUGAAAAUGUGUCAUCUUAUGUCUGAAAAAAACAUGUUCUUUUGGAUACAUUCGUAUCCUGUUGGUGGAAUGACCAUUUGGAUGACAAAUUAUUAAGUUAAUUGGGUGUUUAGUCUUCAUCCAAACGGUUUUAUUGAGCACAGGUUCUGUUUUAGUCUACUUAUGCAGGACACGAUUGUAUUGAAGUUAUUUAUCUGAAAAUAAAUUUAUCAAAUUUAUGAGCAAAACUUUAUUCCUGUCAGUCUGUCAUGCGCUUCUUCUAUGGAGAACGGUUGUUCCUGAGAAAUUCUUUGACGAAAACAUUCUCUGCAUAAUUUGAGCCAUGUUUUGUCGGCAUGAUGUGCAACUAAGGGUCUGUAGUAAGGUCAUCAUUUCUAGUCUUAGUGAUCAGUUACUGCUGCAUUUGCAGCGUAUAAUUGCUGCCAUGUUUCCAAGUGUCAAUAAACCGAUUGUUACCUUC